AUGGCGACUCCCAACCAGCCUGCCAAAGGUCAGAUGGCAGCUCCUAAUGCCCCUGGUCCAUCUACAGAGCCUACGUUCGACCAGAAAGUCUACAUGACCCAGUCCUUUCAGUCAUUCCUCCACAAUGCCUCCAUAACCAUGCUCGUGGCUGCGCCUAUUCUUAUUUCGAUCCCACCACGCAAGCUCGAUCUGUACACUUUCGCAUUGUCGGGUGCCUUCGUAGCUUCUGCGAAUCGUAUUUGCAAGGAGCGAACAGGCGCAGGACUAUUGCACCAACUUCCAGGCGCAAAGCUUCCUAGUUACGCACAGCAGUACCCGAGUCAAUCGAAUGCAGCACCACAUCCCAAACGAUUACUUGACGACACUGCGGAGCAGGACAACGUACGUCAAUCAUUCGACAAGCAUAGCCUGACCACAGGUGCGAGGCCUCCUCCUCCUAGCAUCAAGGCAGCAGCCAAGGACGACUGGAAACGCAAACGCCUAGCGGAAGAACAAGAGAAGCUGGAUCAGGGUGAAGGAUACGGUGGCAUGAUUGUCGACCAAAUCUGGGAUGUCUGGAAUCAAGCUGAAAAACAGGCUGAGAAUGUGAAGGAGAUCGAUCAGGCAGUCAUUGAAGGAAAAGGAAAGAUUGUACGAGCCAAAGAGCAGGAACAACAGAGAUGA